GUAUCCAGGGACAAUCAGACUAGACAAAUACAAGAUGCUGUUUCAAAUGUGGAAAAACAUUUUGGUGAAUUGUGCCAAAUAUUUGCUGGAUAUGUACGUAAAACUGCCAGACUACGAGACAAAGCAGAUCUCCUAGUAAAUGAAGUAUAUGCGUAUGCAGCCACAGAGACACCAAACUUAAAAGUUGGACUGAAAAACUUUGCAGAUGAAUUUUCCAGACUUCAGGACUAUCGCCAGGCAGAGGUUGACAGGCUUGAAGCCAAGGUUGUUGAACCUCUGAAAAGUUAUGGGACCAUAGUGAAGCUUAAAAGGAAUGAUCUUAAAGCAACUUUAACAGCAAAGAACCGAGAAGCCAAGCAAUUGUCUCAACUGGAAAGGACACGUCAGCGGAAUCCAUCGGAUCGACACAUUAUUUCACAGGCUGAAAGUGAAUUGCAGAGAGCUUCACUGGAUGCUACUCGAACAACUCAGCAAUUAAAGGAAACCAUUGAUAACUUUGAGAAACAGAAAAUAAGGGACAUAAAAAACAUAUUUUCUGAAUUUAUAACCAUUGAAAUGUUAUUCCAUGGGAAAGCUUUAGAGAUAUAUACUGCUGCCUACCAAAAUAUCCAAAAUAUUGAUGAAGAAGAAGAUUUAGAGGUUUUUCGGAGCUCACUUCAUCCACCAGACUACCAAUCUCGCUUAGACAUAGUUCGUGCAAAUUCCAAGUCCCCCAUGCAAAGAACUGGCUCCUUAAAAUCUUCAUUGAGAACAGUACAGAUUUCCAGCAGUAUGCUAAGAAAAGAGGAAGAAGAGGAGGAGGAAGAGGAAGAUGAAGAUGAAGAGGAGGAAGAUGACGAAGAGGACGAAUUAGAUGCUACAAAGGAAGUGAGAUAA